AUGUCACUAUCACAGGAAGUCGCACCAAUGCAGUCCUCAACAACAACCGCUUCCACAUCAUCUACAGACGCUACUGUCGCACCAUCAUCAACUACAACCCUCUACCAAUCAUACUAUUCACAGAUUGAAAACCUCAAGCGGUUACCGGUCCCCUACAGCGACAUCUAUCAUGCUCUUUCCUCCUACGACUCUAUCCCCCUAAGCACCCUUCACGAACGCUUUCUCAGCGCCUCUACCAGCCUCACCACAUGGCUUGAGACCGCCGAGAUGGCUGUCUUUGCCCUCGAGAUGGAUGUCGGGCAAGAAGGAGCCUCUGACAAGCGCGACGUCGGAGAGAUGGAUGUCAUCAUGAACCGCUUCCAGCCCAACGUCGAUAUGUUGGUCGAGCUUAAAGAAAAGAUUGAGUCCAGAGUAAAGGCUGCCUCCCCUGCCGAACAGGAGGAAGCCUCGUCGCAACAGAUCGAACAAACCCUUCAACAGACUACCCAGAGUAUAAAGUCAAGCUGGGGAUCCCUCAAGCAGAUGCUUGAUAAGGUCAAGGGCGAUCUCGCUGGCGCAAGACUCCGCGCAGAACUCAUGACGCACAUGGACAAUGUCCUCGCAGAUAUCGAGGACAUCUGCUCAAGUAUCGACGCCUAUAACAAUGAACGAAGCGCUAUGACCUCUGACGAAGAGGGCUUCCUUCCAAGCAAAACAUCCAGCCAGACUGACGCCCAGGCCAAGCAGCGCAGCUUGGAAACCUUGGCCCAAGUCGAUUCUAGGAUCGAGCUCCUAAUCGCUCGGAUCGACUUUUUGGACAACCGUGUGGGUUCUUUGCCUACGGACGAAGCAGGUCUAGGCAACGAGUCCAAGGAUGCGCUCCAGGGCAAGUACCAGCAAGUGCAAUGCCGAUGGGACGAUCUCAAGUUCCGCCGGGAGCGUGUCAGCGAGGAGCUCAAGGAUGACAAGUGGCUCGAAGCCUUUGAACAAGUUUCUGAGCAGGUCGAGUCCAUGAUGGAGUCGAUCGAGAGGGCAGUCGUCCAUUGCCAGGGUCUUCUGGACCACAUCUCACUGAUGGUUCGCCAGAAGGUCGUUCCCGAUGCCCCCAUCGACCGCGAGCAUCUUUACAGCAUCUUCAAGUCUUUUGAGGCCAAGCACAAGUAUUACACCCCAGCUGUUAACCAGAUGCUCGAGAUGCUUGAGAAUGGCAUCGAAAGUCGCACCACUCGCAACAUGGAUGUCAUCUCUAGACAUCAGGCUAUGAAUGUCAGGUGGGACCAGCUUGAGGAUGCUAUCGAGCGAGUCGACAGGGAGCUGGACAAUGUCGAGAGAUUCUUGGACAUCCUCGACGACUCUAGGACACCGUACUUGCCCAAGCUUCCUCUGAAGAAGACAGAGACGCCAGCUCUUGCAGCCAGACGUGCCCAGCAGGGAACCCCCAAGCCUGGCUGGAACGCCUCCUCCCAGCCCGUUCCAAAGAAGCCAACACCACAAAGGUCAACCCAGACGAAGCAGCCGGCUCAGCGUGGUCGUCAGACCCCAUCAUCCGCGCGAUCCCCUGUGCCAACGCGCGGUCGCUCCAGGACCCGCUCACCAGAGGGAUACUACGACUACCGCCCAUGGUCGCCUGCCAACUCGAACAGCAGCCUUUCGCAAUCUGGUCUUCUCACUGCAGCUGCUUUGAAUAGCUACCGAUCAUUGAGCCCCAGUCCAACCAGGGGGGAGCACGGGUACCGUUUGCGUCCAUGGUGCCCAUCUGUGUCGCUGUCGUCCCCCGGAAUUCCAGGUAUCCCUCAGGUCUUAUCGCCUGCAGCAACCUUUAUCCCCCGCCCCGUCUCCAGCGUGGGUCAACAUCGCAUGGAGUCACCUGCACCAACACCAACAGGACGUUCAAGCUCCUCGAUGUCGGGUGGUUAUAGAAGCACAACCAGCAGCCCCUCGAUCCCCAGGGUCUCCUCCCAGGUCAAGCCAGUGUUCUCGCCUUCGGGCAGCAAUAGCAAGUUGUCGAAUGGCGUUCGUUCCGGCAUCUCUUCCCCUUCACCCACCCCUGGAUCUGGUAGUGGUCGCAUGACAAACCUGCCCAUGCCAUCGUCGAGAGCCGCGCCACAGCGCUCGGCAAUGAGCCCAACGCCUCAGUUGCAACGUCCCCAGUAUGGCCGUGGGGCUUCAUCCCCAGUUCCAAAUAGCUACGCAUCACAGUCUUCGUCAUCCAGAAUUCAGACGCCCCUGACUGCAGCAGGACGCCAGAGACAGGUCAGCACUAACAGUUCUCAGGGUCAAAGCCAUUAUGGAUAUGGUGCGCAGGAGGGUCGUUCUUCUCCAGGCUCGGCACAUAUGGCAUCGCGUCAGAGCCACCAUGGCUACUACGAUGACCGUGGACACCACACCUACAGCUCUCGUCCUGGUUCGGCUGCAGGGUCAACGUCGAGUCUAGGGCGAGACUCCUAUCGGUACUCAGCCUACGAGGAGCCUACAAGCCCAACGGCAUCGUCUGUCUCUUCCAUCGCAUCAUCCAUCCGCCUCAUGGACAGGAUGAAGAUCCAAGUUGAGGAUGCUGAGCCCUAUGCUCCCAUCCGUGGCGACGAGCUCGACGAAGAGUUUGCGAAGGUCGUGAACGCAAGCCCAAUCCAGAUCCCAGUCCGACGACUCGGUGAUGGCAAGUACUACUUUGGCGGUCGCAUGGACGACUCGGGGAGUUCUCUGAUCGGUGGCAAAAUGGUUCUCUGCCGACUGAUGGAGUACGGUCGCCUUGCUGCUGAGGAGGACUCUGGUGUAUCGAGCGGGGGCAGCCACAGUGGAACGGAUGAUGGUAUUCAUCCUCAGCCCAACCAUUCGAGGACCCAGCUGGGCGCCCGUCGAUCGAUGCACUCGGGUGGAAGUCUGGCGGCUCUGCAUGCUGAGGAGGCGUCUCAGCACGGCAAGAAGCGACCUCGCAAGGUCUUGUGCCGUGUCGGCGGUGGAUGGCAAGAUCUGGACAUCUUUUUGCUUGACCAUAGCAACCUCGCAACCGAGAGCAUUGGCGUCCGCGGAUACUAG